AUGUGCCGUGCCCCGUCCAGGCCGUUCCGUGCCACGUUGCUGCUGUUCCAUGUAAGCUGCAUAUCGAUCGGAAUAGCUGGGGCUGGGGCUGUGGCUGGGGCUGGGGCUGGGGCUGGGGCUGGGGCCGGGGUCGGUGAUUCAACAACGCGAAGCGGCAACGAGUGGCGACCACCGGAACCGGAGUGGUGGUCCCCGUUGGCCAGCUUGGCUGACAGCUCGUUGACAUCGCUGACAGGUCCGCUUGAUCCGCGUCCGGCUCAAAACCAACGGCCAGCCAUGCAGGAGCAACCGGGAGACGGAGGGGCGGGCGACACCGUACCAGGCACACACACACAUCCAAGCACGAGGAUGGGUUCAAGCGUGCCAAGUGUCCACCGACGGUCCCCGUCCGGAGGGUUGAAGUCGUUCGAAGCGGCGGAAAAACAUUUCCUGUUCCGGCGUGAUUUGAGUAAAACGCAGGAUGCGCCUCCCCGGUUCGCCCCGCCGUCGGACGCCGUGGGUUGGACGUGGGCGGACAAUCGGACCGGGAGCGGACCCAUCUGCCGCGGGGAAACGGGAUCGAUGGACGGAAGUUGCAACACGAGCCGGGGGCGACCCGGCCCGGUGCUAAUGACCAAGGCAAGCAAUUCCACCGGAACGGAAGAUUUCCCUGGAUCCAACCGCACAACGUCCCCGAACAACGCGUCGGCGUUCCUGGCGCUGGAGGAGCUGGAAUUAGCGACACUCCAGUCGCCGCUGGAGGAGGAGAACCACACCGCCCACUACUACACGGUUGUCAAUCUGGACAACCACAAUGACGUGCUGUGCGACGACGAGUACCAGAUGGAGUACAACGAGAACUGCUUCAUCGACCACAACGUUACAUGUGUUGGUGAUCCGGACUUUUGCAAUCUGACGUACGACGAGUACCGACAGCUGCUGAUGGAUUACAUCUAUCCUUCGACGGGCGAAUGGAUCCUCAUUGCCUCGCACACGGUGGUGUUCAUCAUGGGACUGGUCGGUAAUGCGCUGGUCUGCAUAGCGGUCUACACUAACCAUACGAUGCGCACCGUGACGAACAUCUUCAUCGUCAACCUGGCCGUCGCCGACUUCUUCGUCAUUCUCUUCUGCCUCCCGCCCACCGUCGUCUGGGAUGUGACCGAAACGUGGUUCAUGGGAAAGGCCAUGUGCAAGGUGGUAAUCUACUUCCAGACUGUCUCGGUGACAGUUUCAGUUUUAACUCUGACGUUCAUAUCCAUUGAUCGAUGGUAUGCCAUAUGCUUUCCUCUACGCUACAAACCGAGACCCGAACGUGCCUGGCGCUCAAUUGCCCUCAUUUGGCUCAUUGGCUUCCUGGCGGACUUGCCCGAAUUUCUAGUGCUGACGACACGCAGAAAAAAACUACGUUUCGACAUCAAACUUUUCACACAAUGCGUGGCAACGUGGGACAAGGAAAAGGAAAAGACGUUCUACAUUGUCAAGUUCGUUCUGCUCUACACGCUCCCACUGCUCUUUAUGACCGUGGCAUAUUUCCAGAUAGUUCGCGUACUUUGGCGCUCCGAUACCAUUCCGGGCCAUCGAGAAUCUCGCAAUCAACCAUGCGGAAUACACAGCACAAGAACAACUCUAAAUUGUGUUGGUAAUACGAGCACCAUGGGGCAACUGCGAGCUCGCCGAAAAGCAGCAAAAAUGCUGGUAGCCGUCGUGAUCAUGUUCGCUGGAUGCUACUUUCCGGUUCACAUGCUGAACGUUGCAAGGUAUACCGUCGACAUUGGACAAAGUGACAUUGUGGCAGUUUUAUCGUUAUUCUCGCACUGGUUAUGUUACGCGAACAGUGCCGUCAAUCCUGUGAUCUACAAUUUUAUGAGUGGUAAAUUUCGUCGAGAGUUUAAAAAUGCGUUGGAAAAAUGUCGCUGUUUGCGAAAUUCUCACGCGUACGGUGGCAGAGUAGGAGGCUACGAUGAUCGAUCCCUGUGCCAUACGGCUACGCGACUGAACGUGAGCCCAAGUACCAGAAGCAAUUACCAUUUGGCUAGUGUAAGAGAUGCGAAGUUUAAGCAACAUACGCAGCAAACGUCUUUCAACGGUAGUAGACAUCGCCAUGGCCGAAACAGUAUCAAUCAUCCCGGCAGUUUGCAGCCGCAAAUCUCGCCCAUUUCCAUGGAGGAACGACUUGCGCUCAACAAAACCCUGGAUGGAGAAACUCUUCAGCUGACGAAUAGGAAAAAUUGUGCACCCCUCAUAGUCACCAAUGGUGGCGGACAUGGCAACAACAACCACAGUAACAGUUGCAUAAAAACAAAUGGAAAUGGCCACGGUCCCGAGACCAAUGGAAACCAGCAGCGCCAAUCGGUGAUGCAGGACCGCAGCAGUCUACAUCUCAAGCAACAUGACGGAUACCUUGUGCCAGAAGCAGCAUUGGGAGAAGGUGUUGGUGAAGUAGGAGUAGUAGGUGAAAAUGGUGUAGACGGAGCCUGCUUGGACCAAUCAGUCCCUGCGCUGACUACGAUGCUAAUGAUUGUAAAUAAAUCGAGCAAUUGUAAAAUUAAUGGCACUUGACAGGCAAAGCUGCACGUCUCCUGGCGAAAGCCACGACCGGACCAGAAACCCUGGACACAGCUGCAAUGAGAAGUGAGAACUGUCAGCUAUUGCAAUUGAACAUAUUGUAAUAUUAAAAGAAAGACAAAGGUAUCACGUCGCAUUACACUACAUCAGGUUUAUUAUUCAAGGUGUUAGAUAGCGUCCGAAAGAUGUUAGGUAUAGUUAUAUCACUAAAAGCGGCAUCUCUGGAGAUUGAAAAAAGUGUAAAUAAUAAUAAUUCUAGACGCGCAACUGAAAAACGAAUCACGAUUGUAAACACUGAACCAACUGUAAGGAAAAAAAAGAAAAAAGAUCAUAGGAAAAGCAAAAAGAUACGCCAUGCGGUAGCGCCGGUUAGACAAUCGGCCCAUGAGCGUUGGGGCUCACCACCUCGACGGCGUGGGAUUGAUUCUCAACCGAGACCAGACCCUCCCCCGUACGAGAGGAUUGACUAUCCACGUACAAAAGGGAAAAAAGUCUAGCAAACCCUGUUUAGCGAGCGAGCUAAGCCCUGUUUAGCGAGCAAAACGAGCAGUCAUGACCAAGAUGGUCGGUACGCCAAAAAGAAGGAAAAGCAAAACAGAGAUUAAGCAAAAGAAGAAAGAUCAAAGAUACAUUUAAAACAAUCUCACUACAUCACACCACUGCUGUUUAACUUCUUGUUCGAGUAUCAUCUAUUGAGUUAGCAAGCAAUACUUAGUUGCUAGUUUUUCAAUGACCAUUUAUCUUGAAAAGCUUACAUUCUUGGUAUUCUGCUUUAAAUAAUAUCGCAAUUGAUGAAAUAAUAUCGCAGAUGAAGCUACAACAACAGAGUUAAACUUAAAAGAGCAGGUAUUAUACAAAUCACAAUCGAUGCGGCAAUGUAUUUACUUCCAAAUUCGAUUGUAAAGGUAUUAACUUUUCGGAAAACUGGAUAAUGAAACAGGAUAAUGCAUAAGUCGAAUCCGAAACGGGAUGCAGUAUGGUUGAGCAGUUUCUCCUUCAUGGGCGAAAGGAUGAACUGAACAGUCAUGAAAACUGUUUCAAACGGCGAGGAACAAUUGCUACGAAUAGCUUUUUACCCUACAAAUCAAAGUUCCACGUAAACCAGAAGAGCUAUUUAUAUAAAUAGUAUAUAUUGAAUUUAAUUGAAAUUAAUUAUUUUCGAUUAUCAUUGGCGGAAUGCUUUGACAAACGGAGAUAUGGAUAAAAAUCAUGUAAGUGAUACAACUACAAUGUAAUGAAGUCAAUAAAA